GGAAAGAAAGGGUCAGGUGGUGGUGGUUGUGGUGGAAGUGGAGGGAUGAGGUGUUGUCAAGCUGACAUGUGUAUGGCUGAUCUGAGUGAUGCAAAGCCGUAUCAUAGAAGGCAUAAGAUUCCAUGAGCUAUCAGAAUUUGAUGAAACCAAAAAGAGUUGUUGCAGGCGUUUGGCUGGACAUAAUGAGCGACGAAGGAAGAAUGCUGCUGAAUCUCAUUCAGAAGUUGGUAACCACAAAGGGACAGUCACUCAGUUGAAAGAUAUGGUCUGCGGGCAGGUUGAUGAUAGGGGAAGAAUUAAAAUAACUAUCCAAGAAAAUGCCACUUACAAGCAUUUCCAGAUCAGAUAAACAGAUUGCUCUACAGUUUGCUCCCUCUCUUCUGUCAUCCUAGAGAUAAUCUUGUUGUAUAUGUAGUAUAUCAUUAUUGAAUAUUCCUGUAAGUAAGUUAAUCAUAUACUAAUGGCAUUGGAGCAUUCACUUCA